AUGGUCAUAACCAUUAAGUAUGGUGAUGAGGCUAAUCUGAGAGAGAGGAGGAAGGCCAGCGAGCAGACAGAAGAAAAAACUUCAGAAAAGACGACAGAACAAAAAGAGGAGGACGAGAAUGACGCGUACAACCGCUGCAGCACUGUGGACAUGGACAAGGAUUUGGUAGACUGGCGGAAGCCCCUGGCAUGGCAGGUGGGCCACCUGGGAGAGAAAUACGAUGCGUGGGUCCACCAGCCAGUCGACAGACCCAUCAGACUGUUUGGAAACCCCUUACUGGAGGCCAGCACCAAGACCUCAUGGUAUUGGGUUCCAGUGGUGUGGCUUCCUAUUGUGUUUUAUUACAGUUGGUACUGCUACACCACGCUGGCAAAGGGCUCCACCAGGCUAGAACUCACUUCAGACUUCUCUAUCCCGAUCCAUAAGUACUUGUUCCCCCUGCUCUUUCUGAUGGGCUGGUUCUUGUGGUCGUUCAUCGAGUACUGCAUCCAUCGCUUCGUCUUCCACAUGAAACCCCCGGCCCAUAACUACUACCUCAUCACGAUACACUUCCUCCUGCACGGACAGCACCACAAGUCUCCGUUCGACGGCGCUCGGCUGGUCUUCCCCCCCGGCCUGGCCUCCUUAGUGGUGGGAGGCUUCUAUCUAAUCCUCCUCAGCACGCUCCCGCAGAUCCUGGGGACCUCCGUGUUUGUAGGAGGACUGUGCGGCUACGUGGUGUACGAUAUGAUCCACUACUACCUUCACUACGGGUCGCCAAAGAAGGGCUCCUAUAUGUACGGCCUGAAGGCCUACCACGUCAAACACCACUUUGAGCACCAGAAAGCAGGUUUUGGAAUCACCUCCACAUUCUGGGACCACCCGUUCAACACAUUGAUUCCCGAUGAGAAAUUCUAACAGAGAAAGGGCUCUCCUGAAGGGCCACAGGACUUAGCCCCAGCCCCCAUGCUACAUACAGCCUUAGUCCAAUCUCUGCACCCAUACUUUUCAGAACCAAGGAGGAAGUUCUUCUUCUGAGGACUCCUGCGUCUCCACAACUACUCCACAGAUCCAUACUGUAUCACAUAUCAUCCUGCUUUUUGUUUCCAUUUUGCUACACCUUUGUGAAGACCAGUCUGCAAUCUUUCUGCACGGUUAUCAUUCCUUUCUGUGCCAUUUAUUGUAUAACCCAACCAACAUCUACUACUGCUGUGCUCUUCUCCACAUAGCCAUUCACAAUUAUGUACAGCUAGGUGUUAUACCAUGGCUAAAAAGGGAGGAACACACGAAAAAUCAAAAGACACACGUCGGUGUGCUUCUAUGUAAUUUUUAGGGAAUUACAUCCUGUAAUGCUUUAGAAAACACUGAAGAAACUAAACAAAUAUUCCCAACACACUCUUCCUGGUUCCUAAAAAACAUCGCUAACAGCAUAACACAAAUUAAUGCGGACCCAUUUGUGUGAAAAUGUUCACACACACAAAGCGCACACACACGUCCCUCAGAGGAGGACAGAGGGAAAAGUGAUAGAUGGUUGGUGAAUUUGGAAGAUGGAGAAGGGAAAUGGUAUGACAUUAAAUGUGUGUAGGGACUAAAUGACUGGUGAACUUACAUUCAAAUCCUUCCUCCCCACUAUCUGCAGCCUAAAAAUACUCCUCUACAUUAUUUUCUGUCUGCCAUUAAGCUGCAAAGCCUCGCUGCUAUCACUCUGUUAGACUGCAGGUUUGUAACAGUCAACAUAAGCUCCUCCCAACAUGCUUUUCCUCAAUGUUGUUUUUGGUUUCAGAUUUAAUUUGGCAGUUUAGACUUAAUUUAUUAACUAUAACCAAAGCUGCAGAAGUGAAAUGCUACUGUAGGGCACUCAUGCAAUGCACCGUUAAUGUAAAGCAGAGUCCUUAAUAUCUGACACCGCUGUGGAGAUAUAUUUUUGCAAGUCCUUUGUAAUAUUCCCUCCGUUUCCUUUCUGUUUUGUCAUUAUUGAUUACGCAACAAUGUUAAAAAAAAUACUUGCUUUGUACAGAAUUGCACCAGCUUUACGUAGUCAGAGGAUGUUAAAAUGUGUCAGAGGGGCAGAGAGGCAUGAGGCCAGCCUGUUGGACUUCCUGCUGUCGGGAUCUCGGGGUCAAAGGUCACCGUGUUAGCUAGGUGACAAAGGUGGAUUUAUUUUUUUAAUUUCAACAAGCAGAACUUGGGUCUUUUUAAGGUUAUUUUUAGUCUCCACCUUCAGGUCUCACUCCAUCCCUUUAAAGCCCCUGCGUUAGCUGCCCUGCAGACCCCCGCAGGAUGACGAUGGAUGAACAUCUGACUGGACAGCAGGAGGUCUUACAGUCACUGGCGGAUCCUCAUAAUGUCUCUUCUAAACACUCGACAACAUCACUGAUGACUAAAGAAGAACAAAUGUGAUUAAAAACAUUGACAUACAUGGGUAGAGCACAGUAAAAAUAUAUAACUGCAGAAAAUCAUUUUAAUCUACUUUUCUAGUGUGAAGAAAGGGUCCGAUUUAAAUAAUAUAUAUGUAUAUGUACACAUGUAAAAUAAAAUGCCGAAUCUAUUUCACAGAUUUUUGAACAGUAAAAUAAUUCCUUAUUGCAAAGCUUAUUUUUCUUAAAUUCAGAGCAGCAAUAAUAAUUAUGGCUUUAUGUAAAGAGGGCUACGGAAGAGGAUUAAGGCAAUAUAAAUUGAGAAAAAAUCAUAUAUAUAAUUUAUAUUAAUUUUAAUAUAAUAUUUCUUUAUGAAAAUCUCAGAAUUCUGACCUUUUACUCAGAAUUCUUUUUUCAUUUUUGGUCAGAUCUCAGAAAUAAUUUCACAUGUGGCCCUAAUCCUCAUCUGCAGAUGGCUGUGUUCUUUUAUCUGCAGCAUGCAUAUCGGGUUAUUUAAAACCAUAACUCUCUGUCUUAAUUUGCGCACACUGCAGAUGAUAAUGAAUGUUUAAGGUAUCAUGGAGUAGGAAUUCUGUCUUUUGUAUAAUAACUAUAUAUGACAAAAAUGUUUCAAAAAUAACCAAAAUGAUUGUUCCUGUUGGUAAAGAAUGAUGAAUAAUAAUAAUGAGGAUGAUGAGUGUGAUGAAGCAUACUGAUUGUGACGACUGCUCGGCAAAGUGAAACCAUUCCACCUGUUGAAGUGCGCACAGAUCUUAUUUAUGUAUAUUUAUGAUACAGAUGAAAAGACAACAGCACAAACUUUGCCUAUGCUAAGUUAUGCAGCGUAAAAUAAUAUUUUCUAAAUCUGUUUACUUUAAUAUCUUCUAUUUUGGAAUUUUAAAUGUCAAUGCAAAUGCAAACGUAUUUGUAAAUAAAUGUCUGUAUAUUUCUGAA